CUGUGGGUGCCACGCUGGGGUGCUAUGGGGUGCUGUGGCAGCAGUAAGGGCCAGUCUCUGGCUGUGCUGGCUUGCUUGAGCGUGGAGCUCGGGUGCUUGGCUCUGGGUUCUGUGGGAAGGUGAUGGUGGCCGGCUGGAAUUCGUUUAAUUAAUUGCUUUACUAUAACCUAUUAAGCGUCUUGCCAUUGUGGCUGUGACUCAGGCUCGACGGGGAAUGUGAAGGGCAGAUGGCCGUGUGCUCCCAGGGUCCCUCCGGCUCUGGAGAAGCAUAUUGAGAUGGCUGUAUGUAUUUUAUAGAAUGGUUUGGGUUGGAAGGGACCUUAAAGAUCAUCUCGUUCCAACCCCCUUGCCCUGGGCGGGGACACCUCCCAGCAGACCAGGUUGCUCAAAGCCUGGUCUGGAUGGGGCUUUUUAUUUCGGUCCUCUUUGGAGGCUGGACGUUGCACCAUGGCACGUCCAGCAGCCGGCAUUUGCAGGCCAGACCACCGUGGACCUGAAAAACCUCUCGGGUUUUUUUUUCCGUGCCUUUCUCAGUGAUUCUCCCUGAGCCCUCUGCUUCUGGUCCUUGCGGCGGCACCUCGGCUGUUUGCUGGCGGCGGCCGGUGACGGUUGUGCGGCUCAUGGUGUGGGGGCUGCUGGGGCACCGCUGUGUGCCAGCGCCCGGCUCCUCCUCAGGCAGCCUUUGCUCCAUUUGCCGCGAUCCAUAAUGUGGCUGCGAUCGAUAACGCGGCGAGUCCCGGCUCCCGAGCGGCUUUGUUGGGAGCAAAGUUUGUGUUUAAUGGGAACGCACCGGAGGGAACAGCGGGCACAGGGCAGGAGCAGCGCUGCCACCCGGGCUGCAUUCGGGAGCACCGGUGCUCGCACAGGGUCACGGGGAAUGGGGGCCACGCUGUGCAGAUAUUAGCACUACCCUUAAUUGCUACUCAAUUAAGCAGAACAGGGAGCUGCCGGGGGGGGGCCAGCAUCAUGCUCUGCCCUUUGCUGUGACCACUUCUAGGCGGAAACUGGAGGCGAGCUUGGGUUUUUCCUCUUGCAAAGCUUUUUGUUUUAAUUAUUAACCGGUGCCAGGCAGUCCUGUGGUUUCUGGCUGGAGAUCAGCCAGGGCUGGCGGGGCACUGGGGAGAGCCUGGUGGCCUCUGGGCCGGCGGCUUCUCCUCCUGCCCUGGCCACACAGCCCCCCCACCCCCCGUGGCUCCCGCAGCACCCACACGUGCAGAUGGGGUGCAGGUCCUUCCAGCUCCGGUUUGGUGGGGAUAAGAGGCUUGGAGCAGGCACGGACUCCCUGGGAACCAUCCUUCUCUGGCUGCUGUAGGAUGUCUCCUUGCUCCCGGCCGUGUUUAUCAGCAGCCGGGCUGGUCUCAUCCCGGGCCGGCUGAGGCAGACGGGCACCGUCAGGCUAAAAAUAACACCAGUAAAUAAAACGCUUCCUCCUGGCCCGGCACACAGGAGCGGAGGCGCGGGGAGCUGGGACGUGCCUGGCUGCUGCUCCAUGGCAGGGCUGGCCCCGUGCCUGCGAGGUCCUGGGCUGGUGCCACCAUCUCACUGGGUGCCCGCUGGACCCUGCUGCCUGGGAACACAUCGGCCCGUGGCAUCCCCGGUGCGGGCAGCGGGAUGUCAUAGGUGGGUGCUGGAAGGCUGGCUCCCAGGGUGACGUGGCGAUGUCCCACGACAGCCCUGUGCCCUGACUCAGUGAGCUCCACAAUCGCUCAGCUCCUCCACCUGCGGCGCGGGACUCCCACGGGGCCGUCAUGCCUGGCGCGUGCCCCGGGGCCACCGGUGACGGCUGGAAGGGUGCGGGACACGGCAUCCCGGUCACAGCCGCGUCAGCCCCACGCGCCCGGGCAACGAGGUGUCAGCCGCCCACGCAGGGCUGCUGACGGUGGGGCACCCCACUUCACCCCCCCGCUCUGGGGCACCGAGCUGCCGUGGGGCCAAGCCGGGUGCUGGUGCCAACAGGAGUCGUGAUGGGAAGGGGGGGCACCACGGUGGCUGUGGGGGAUGCCCAAACCCACAAAAAAAAUCCCAAUCCCUGUCCCCAUCCCUGCAGUGCCAAGGCCCCAUGCAGCUUUAGCUUCCUCUUCCUCUUCCUCACCUGUGCCCUACCUGGCGGGGGUGGCGUCAGCUGGGGCUGCCUGGCCCCUCCCUGGGUCGGGCACGGCUAUAAAAGCCCGGUGCCGGGCAGAGGGUGGCACAGGGAGCCGGGAGCUGUUGGCAGGCACAGUCACGGCAGCAGCGAUGGCAACGCUCUACCCUUCCCUGGAGGACAUGAAGGGCCACCAGAUCUUGCAGGCGCAGGCAGCUGCCGGGGUGAGGACCCCUGCCACGACGGUGGUCACAGAGAAGCCAAAGCUUACGUCAGACACCGGCAAUGCAGGUUGCGAUCGGUUCUGUCUGCGGAGGGGCUGUCUGGGGUUAGGGGAGCGAUGCUUACCACGGAGGGGGAUCAUCUGAGACCCCCCACAGCUCGGUGCAUGAGUAGGGGAUGGGAUUUGGGGAUUUCUUUCCCCUGGCCCAUCCCCUGCCAUGUCCCUUGUGCCGGUCGCUGGCCCAUGGUCCUGUGGGGGGGGAGGUGAUGGCUGUGGGGUGGGACCCCGUGAGCUGAGGCCAGUCUUGGUGUGUCCUGCAGCGCCGCCCAUGCUGUAUCCCAACCUGGCCGAGCUGGAGAACUACAUGGGGCUCGCUCUCUCCAGCGAAGAGAUCCAGAAGAACCUGCUCCCGGAAGGCAGCACUGCACUGACCCCCGCUGGGCCCCCCCCGGGCCAGCUGGUCGCCCCCUUGAGCGGGAACAACGCGGGGCUGCGCCGGGCAGAGAUCAAGCCGGGCGUGCGGGAGAUCCACCUCUGCAAGGACGAGCGGGGCAAGACGGGGCUGCAGCUGAAAAAUGUCGACCAGGUGAGGGGGCCGGGCUGGCGUGGGGCCGUGCACGGCGUGGCAUGGCACAGCACGGCGUGGUGCACCAUGGCAUGGCACGUCAUGCCAUGCUCCCCCCUGCCAUGCUAUGGUGCACCACACCAUGGCGUGGUGCAGCAUGGCAUGGCACAGGACGGCAUGGUGGACGGCCAGCUUAACAUGAGCCAGCAGUGUGCCCGGGUGGCCAAGAAGGCCAACAGCAUUCUGGCUUGUGUCAGGAAUAGCGUGGCCAGCAGGAGCAGGGAAGUGAUGGUGCCUCUGUACUCGGCACUGGUGAGGUCUCACCUCGAGUGCUGUGUUCAGUUCUGGGCCCCUCUGUACAAGAGGGACAUUGAGGUGCUGGAGCGUGUCCAGAGGAGAGCUACCAGGCUGGUGAGGGGUCUGGAGACCAGGGCAUAUGAGGAGAGGCUGAGGGAGCUGGGCAUGUUUAGCUUGGAGAAGAGGAGGCUGAGGGGAGACCUCAUUGCCCUCUACAGCUACCUGAAAGGAGGUUGGAGAGAGGUGGGUGUUGGGCUCUUCUCCCAGGUGAAUAAUGACAGGACCAGAGGAAAUGGUCUGAAGUUGCGGCAGGGGAGGUUUAGAUUAGAUAUUAGGGAGAAUUACUUCACUGAAAGAGUGGUCAGGCACUGAACAGCCUGCCCAGGGAGGGGGUUGAGUCACCAUCCUUGAAGUAUUUAAGAAACGUCUAGAUUUGGCACUUCAGGGCAUGCUCUA